AUGGCUGAUAUAAAUAUUCUAGGCGAUAAUUUGCAAAAUAUGAUUACAGGUUUAUCAAAGUGUAAAAUCGAUUUUGUUAAUUUAAAAGAAGAAUGCAAAAGUCUUCGAGAAGUAAAUGUGAAACUAGAAUUAGAAUUGAAGGAGACGCGCGAACUCGAGAAAUCGCACCGGUAUCACUUGCAAGCUUCCCGCGAAAUGAUGGGUAAUCUACAGGAAACCGUAACACAGUUGGUUUAUCUCAAACGUGAUGUAAAAAAAUUAAAAGAUGAGAUUAUUUCAAAGGAAAUGACCCUGACAUCGAUGCAAAAGGAUAAAGACAACCUACAACAAGAGCAUGACGACAUUAUUAUAGACUUAAGGAAAAGUCACGAAAAGCACAUCGAAGAAUUAAUAUCGAUUAACGACAAAAAACUUCAACAGGUUCAAUACGAUUCUGAUACACAAAUAGCUCAAUACACCUGCGUCAUUGAAGAAUUACGUGAAAAAUUGAAAGAAGUUGAAGAAGAUCAUAGAGAUAGGAUGAACUUAGUAGUAUUGGAUUAUGAAGAGAAGUUACAGCGAAGUGUUGCUGAAGUCGCCCAGCUUCAAGAACAACUCUCAGUGCAAACUGCUCGCACUGACGCCAAUAUUGAUGCUUAUCGUAGGAAACUCGAAGAAUUAGAAGAAAAACUAAAGCAAAGUCAAUUUAAAGAAUAUUUGGCUCAAAGCUAUCCUUCUCAAAGUCAAUACGAAAACAAAGUCGAACGUCCAUACUCUGUAAAUGCUAAUCCUUUUAAUUCGUAUUCUACUGACUAUAACUCUAUAACAGAUAGUCCAAAGCCAAGUCAAAGUCGUCACCAAAUGUACACGAAAUCGAAGACACCAGCAUUGCAAGUCAUGUAUAGUGAUACUAAAACAUCGAAUUCGACAAAAAAUGAUAAGAAAGGGCAUUUCAAUAUAACUAAAAAGAGGAAGUUGUACAGCGAGAAAGACUUUCUAAAUCAGUAGUAUAAUAUUUA